UCGGCUGCAGCUGGUCGGCUGGGCGGCAGUUGUCACUGCCACCUGUGGCUCCGCCAGGGACUGCUCGGCCAUCUGUUGCUAACACGCGACAAAUGAUGUGUGUCAUCGCCGCCACGCUGAGCUUUGCCGUACCUCACCACUCGCUGGCGCCGGCAUCCGUUCGUCACCGCUCGCCGGCACCGCGGCUCUCCGACCCGCCUUCCGCUCCGCUCGGCCACGUUUUUGUGCUUCACGCAGAUUUGCGAUCGCUCCUCACGGACGCCACGCUGUAUCCCACAACCGAUCCAGUCGAUAGCGGGUGGUUCCCAAACGCUCAGCGUCAGAACGACCCGCCGCCGCUCCCGCCCUUCACGUCGAGGCAGCGGGUGCACCAGCUUCCGGGCACGCCGGCUGGCGCACCUCUAGUUUUCCUCGCCAACGUCGACGGCCGCCUCGAGCCGCAGCGCGACUGCGAGCCUUUCACCGGCCGCCCGCCGCUUGACUGGUUUGUCGACGCUGCCCGCCAGUUCCUGCAGCUGGCCGCGGCUUCGGUCGGCGAGGAGGGCACGCGUGCUCGCUGCCGCCGCGCACAGCCGUUGCUGGCGCUGCCGGUGGUGGGAACGGGCAAUGGCGGCGCACGGACAGCCUCAGGGAGGAUGAUCUCUCGCCUGCUUGAGGUGCUGUACGACUUCACCGCGGUGCACGACAUCGACGUCGCGCUCGUCGUCAAAGGCGAGCGGCGCUUCUCGGCGGCGCAGGCGCUCCGCCGGCAGAUGGCGCCGGCGUGGGAGGACACCUUGGGCGCGCGGCUUUGCGGCGCGGCGCUCGAGCUGGCGCAGCGGGCAACAGCCGACGAGCUGGCCCUGUUCAUCGGCGCGGGUGUGUCGGUGGGCGCUGGCUUGCCGGCGUGGCAGGAGCUCCUCACGUCGCUCGCCGAGCGGGACGACGUGCCGCUCGGGCCUGGGGAGGCGGUGGUGACCACAAACUACGACGAGCUCUUCGAGGCGGCUUGGCGCGGCGCCGCCUCCGACUUCAAGGUGCUGCCCUACGAGGCGGACGCGCGCUCCCGCUUCGUGCUCAAGCUGCACGGCGACUUGCGCCGGCCGCAGGAUAUCGUGCUCACGCGCGCGCAGCUGAGCGGCGCGAGAGAGCAGCGCGCCGCGCUGUCGGGGGUCGUGCAGGGCCCGCUGAUGACGAAGCACCUCUGCUCUGCUUCAGCACCUCUAGAUACCCCACAGGUCGUGCAGGGCCUGCUGAUGACGAAGCACCUCUGCUUCGUCGGCUUCUCGCUGCAGGACCCGAACUUCUCCGAGGUUGCAGAGACCGUCCGCGCCACUCUCACGGGCGACUCGAGCACCGCGUCGCGCAACCUCUUUGGUUCGCUCCUCUCGCUCCACAACCGGCCCCUUCCCGGGCUGCGGCAGCCCUUCCUCGCCGAGCUGUGGCCCGACGUGCAGCAGGUCCCGAUGGACAUGGCCGAUGCCUCCGGACCCGACCGGCUCUCCAGCGCGCAGUGUGCCCGCCGGCUCGACAUUUUUCUUGACAAGGUCUCCCUCGACGCGUCGACUCCGACACGCCACCUCCUCGACCCGAACUUUUCGGGCGUCUUCGACAAGCAGCAGCGCGAGCUGCGCGAGGCGUUGCUGCUCUUCGAGGCGGAGCUCGCCAGCCGGCCCGACGCGCGCGCGGCAGCCGGCUUCGAGGCCGUCUCGGCGCUGCUGCGCGGGUUGGGCUUGCCGGCUGACUCGCCCGCACUGGCGGAACCAGACGUGCUGCAGCCGGACGAGGAAGGGGGGAAUGGCUAACUCCCGGUAUAGUAGGUAACUGUAGCAGCAGGCACACAGCGUGUGUGUUGACACCCAAUACAUCGACGACGUGUGCAAAAACA